AUGCUUAGAAGAACAAGUGGAAGAGGAAGAGGAGGAGGAUCAGCAGGAGAAGCAGGAGGAGGAGGUGGUGGUCCUGGAAUAUCAGCACCGAGUCGAGAAUCGAACGCUUUAUCAAAUCAAGUCGAAAUAUAUCCGGAACCAUCACCGGUAAUAGCAGGAAAUUAUAAGAAAAGUUUUCAAACUCUCUUAUCACCCGCACUCUUAUCAAUGCCCUACGGUUUUUCAAACGGCGGUUUGAUGUUUUCAUUUUUCGGAUACCUGAUAAUGAUAUCAAUAGUUAGCAUGAACAUGAAAAAAUUAUGCGAAAGUGCGACGUACCUAUCGGAAAGGGAAGAUGUUAAAAUACGUACGUACGAUCAAGUUGCAUACGUGUCACUAAGGAGUUGUUCUGAUAGGAUGAAACCUUUCGCGCCAUUUUUUCAAUUUUUCGUAAAUUUUUUAUUUAUCGUCACUUAUUUAGACUCGUGUUCGAUAUUUAUGAUAUUUGUCGCGCGUAACAUGGAAGCUCUCGUCACGUUUUAUUUUCCUCAUACUUUUUUAAACGUUUAUCAUUUUCUUUUUUUACAAGUUGUCUGGUUGAUGGCCAUGAGCAGCGUGAGAGAUUUAAAAUAUUUAACGCCAUUUUCAUUCAUAUCCUGUUUAUUGAUAUUGGUAAUGACUAUUUUCGUAAUUAUAUUUUACGUAUCGAAAGAUUUACCGGAAAUAAGUACGAGAAUGUACGUCGGUACUUACGUGUCAAUACACAGAUUCAUAUCGAUCGUAUCAUUUUCAUUAUCUGGUCUUUCGGUGUCGUUGACCCUUAAAAGCAGCAUGAUACAUCAGAAGAAAUUUUUUUCUUGUCCCGGAAUCUACUGCGUGAGCGUCAUUAUAAAAUGUUUAAUUUUUCUUCCCUUUGGUUUUUUGGGAUAUUUGAAAUAUGGCGACGAUACUUAUCCUAGCAUAAUGUUAAAUUUACCACUCGACGAAGUCAUUGCCGUUUGCAUCAAAAUCACAGCAAUAUUAUCGAUAUUUUUAACGUCGCCCAUAGUUUUUUACGUUGCUUUCAACGUUUUAUGGACAAAUUAUUUAAAAAGUUACAUUGAUGUAAAUAGCGUUUUCUACGCCGAGUAUUGCGGCAGGUAUUUUUGCAUAAUAAUAUCGUAUAUUGUUGCGAGCAUAGUACCCGAUUUGGGUACCAUGAUAGUACUCAAGGGUGCUUUCUUACACAGUCAUUUGGAAAUUACAUUACCCGCUAUAUUACAUUACGUGACGUAUUAUCCGUCUAAAGGACACGGGAAAUGUUAUUGGCGUCUUUUGUGGACUAUAUUGUGCAUAUUAUUCGGUUUGUAUUUGUGCGUGGUCGGUGUCACGGUUGGCAUAAUCGAUUUUAUACUUUUCUUAGAAGAAUCGAAAAAUUCCACAUUCGAAUAUGAAUCCGCUGUCGGUGAUAAUAUUUUUAUCAAGUUAAGAAGUGAUAUUAAUGGAGUUUACACAAACGAAACUGUUUUCCCGCAUUGA